AUGCGUGGUCAUCCUCCGAAAACCCAUGAUUAUUAUUCAUCGGGCGAGUCAGGAAGAAAGAAAUACGAAAAGAACCAUGCAACACCCAUCACGGAGUCAAUCAUCAUUACCACUCCGAAGAACAACAUGAAUGGUCAUCAUGUCGAGGAUAAUAUUUCUUCCUUGUCAACAGAAUCGGAAUAUUUGGAUUGUGUAUUAAUACCUGCAUUUGAAGAAGAAGACACUCAUUUCAUUGAACAAGACACUCAUUUCACUGAACAUGAUCAUACUGUAGAUUCAGAUUCUGAUACAAGUUUAGAAAUGAAAUAUAUUUUAAUUGAAAAUUCUGAUGAAGAAGAUGAUUUUUUACCUAAUAACACCAGUGACUCUGAAGAUGACGUUGUUUAUAUUACUACUAAACAUGUUAAUAUUUUCAAUGAACAUUCAGAUCUGAAACAAGUUCAUUCCAAAGACACAACCAUUCAUCAUUCCAAAGACACAACCAUUCAUUCUGGUAAACCAUUAAUCACUCCACGACAAUUAUUGAAUCAUCAUGACAUACAACCAUUACACAAUACACAAUUAUUGAAUCAUCAUGAUACACAACCAUCCAAAGAUUCUAAAACAUUGCAAAAUACCAAAAUACCAAAGAAACCAUCCUCGUUGACCACAACCACCACCAAACAUUUAAGUACCAUUCCCUCUCAUUCUCAACCACGAACAUUACUUUCAUCACAUUCAACCAUCACAAAAACCUCUCAUCAUGACAACAAUCACAUGAAUGAAACAACAAAUUCUUCUCAAAAAUACAAAUUACCUCGAGUCAGAGAAGAAAGAUUAUUACAAGUCCAAAAUGAAUCAUCAUCUGUAAAUACUAGUCAUUCCAACACAUUACAAAAUAAUAAUUCAUCGACUACAACAAUGAAUAAUACUAUUCCUUCCAACACAUUACAAAAUAAUAAUUCAUCCAAAAGAAUGACUUCUUUAAUAGCACCAAUCACGAGAUCAAGUUCUAAUUUCAUUCAAAAUUCAGAAUAUGAUUUGAGACAAGCAAUUUUGGAACAUGGACCAUUCAUUGCAUCCAAUAAUAAUAAUAAUAGUAGACCAUUCAUCACAUCCAAUAAUAAUAGUAAUAAUAAUACUCCAUCAACGAUUGAUGAUUCAAUUUUUAAGAAAAAUAGAAUGAAUCAAUUUUAUAACAUUAUUCUCAAUAUGGAUAUUACUGUAGAUGAAAAAACCAAAUUAAAAAAGGCAGAAUUAACACGUCAAGAUCGAAUGAAUAUGAUGAAUCAAUUGAAAACCAUUCCAAAUAGUUUUAAAUCCAUUGAAGAAUAUGUGAAUAUCUUUACACCUCACAUUUUGCAAGAAUGUGUAGCACAAAUACAAUCAUCAAUCAAUGAAGAUCGAAUGGAAUCUAUUCAAGCAAUGAUUAAGGACAUUGAAUUUAAAGGAAGUACAUGUAUAUUAUAUUUGAGUAUAAUCAACCAUUCAAGUAUUACAAGUAAUUCAUCAAAUAAUUCAAGCAUUUCAAGUAUUUCAAAUAAUUCAAAUAACUCUAAUUUUUCAUUAUUACCACCUUCCAUUGCAUGGAUUGAACCUAUACUCUCUCAUCAGAAUCAUCAACAACAACAACAUCAACAACAACAUCAUCACUCAUUCUUUUGUGAAGUAUUAGAAAAUGAUUUUCAAACAUCCAAAAAUCUAUCCAUUCGAUUCAAAGAUUUAAUUUCAUUGAGAACGAGUAGUAAACAUAAAAGUUGCCAUCUCUGUGUGGGAUCGAAAUGGAUCAUUCGAAAAAUAUCACUUUCAACUCUAUUACGACAAAUAUAUGCUGUGAAUAGUAUUGGAAUAUUUUCAUUGAAUCAUUUCAUUUCACAUCCAUCAAAUAAUAAUAAUAAUACUACUAAUAUUAAUACUAAUAAUAAUAAUAAUAAUACUAAUAAUAAUCAUACUAGUAAUAAUAAUACUAAUCAAAGAAUUAAUAAUAUUCAUAGUAAUAAUUCUAUGAAUCAUUACCACAACAUUUUCCUCAAUCCAUCAUCCUCUCCUCAAUGUCAAUCCAAACAAUAUCCAUAUUCUUACAAAGAUUUAAUGAAUGAUGAACUAUUUAAAUUGCACCCCAAGUAUAAAAUGUUUUUGAAACAGACUUUUAAUGAAAGUCAAUUAACAGGAAUUAUCAAUGCAUGUGUCAAUACGAAGAUUCCAUUAUCUUCUCAACAACAACAACAACAAUCAAACUCUUCAUCUUCUCGACAACAACAACCUCAACAACCUCUACCUCAACAACAACAACAACAACCUCAACAACCUCUAUCACCACUCGUAUUAAUUCAAGGUCCACCUGGAACAGGUAAAACGACACUCUCUAUUGGUAUCAUUUCAACACUCAUUCAACAACGUAUUGAAAGAGGUGAAGCUAUUGGUAAAAACAAGAUUCUUGUUUGUGCUCCUUCGAAUCAAGCAGUCGAUGAAAUAUUAAAAAGAAUAUCUGAAAAGGGAAUUACAGUCAUGACGAUGAAUACUACAAGUCAUGACUCAACUCUUAACAGUACUCUAAAUACUCAUCAUUCAACCAUCACUACGUAUAUUCCUCAAAUGGUUCGAUUUGGAAUUAAGGAAUCUAUUCAUCCAAGUGUUGAACAUUAUUAUAUGGAUCAUUUGAUUAAAAAUAGAAUGAAUGAUCAAAGAAAUGAUAGAAUGGAUAGCACUACUAUGAAUCAUUACACUAUGAAUCAAUUAGAAUUUGAAAUCAAACAAUCGAUUAUGAAAAGUGUUGAAAUUAUCUUUGUAACUCUUUCAUCCAGUGGAUUUGACAAGUAUUUUAAUUUAAAUAUUAGUGAAAGUAUUAGUCAUAUCAUUAUUGAUGAAUGUUGUCAAUGUGUAGAACCUGAAUUAUUAAUACCAUUAUGUUAUUUAAGUAAUAAUAAUAUCAAUACUAGUAAUAAUUAUAAUAAUUAUAGUAAUAUCAAUACUAGUAAUAAUUAUAAUAAUUAUAGUAAUAAUAAUUAUGGUAAUAAUCGUAACAAAAAUAUUGAAAUUCCUAAUCAUCAAAAAAUUAUAUUAAUUGGUGAUCCAUGUCAAUUACCAGCUACUAUUAUUGGUAAUUCAAGAGAUUAUAAUUAUUCGAGAUCAUUAAUGGAGAGAUUUAUGAAUGAAGGAUAUCCUGCCAUCAUGUUAAAUGUUCAACAUCGUAUGCAUCCUAAAAUAUGUGAAUUUCCAUCUCAAUGUUUCUAUGGAGGAAAAUUAACCAGUCAUGAAUCUUUAAAUGAUCAUCCUAUUGGAAAGGAAUAUCAAGAAAUUAUGAGAGAAAUGAAUCAUGAUGAUAGGAAUGAAUGGAAUGGUAAAAAAACAACACUGAUCGAUUCCAUACCACCCAUUCAAUGCUAUGAUUUGUUAUAUAGUAGAGAAGACUCACACAACACGACAAGUGUUCGAAAUGUAUUUGAAGCACAAUUUAUUUCCUAUCUCUAUUACAAAAUGAUUCAUUUGAAAAUGAAGAAAUUAAUGAAAAAUCCUAAAUAUGAUCGAAAUGAUGAAACUCAUUGCAUGCUACCAUCUCAACUCUUGGCGAAUUUUGAAAAGAAUAUUGGAAUUAUUACACCUUACAAACAACAAGUGAAUGAAAUUAGAAAAUGUAUCAAUACCAUACCAACAACAACAAGAAGAAUGGAUACUACAAAACAUUUGACAAAUGGUGAAAACAAUAGCACUGAUAUUAACACCAUUGAUGGAUUUCAAGGAAGAGAAAAAGAUGUCAUUCUUCUCAGUUGUGUGAGAAGUGAGGGUUUAGGAUUUUUAACAGACUAUCGUCGUAUGAAUGUGGCCAUUACUCGUGCAAAACAUGGUCUUAUUGUCGUGUGCAAUUCGAAACAAUUGAAUAACUCACCAUUAUGGAGAGAAUUUAUUGCACAUGCACAACAGAAUGGAUAUUAUCAUGCAGUGACACAACCUCCCAAGGAUAUUGAAAAGAUUCAACGAGAGGUUCAAUUCGAAUUGAGAAAGUUAUUGACGACGUAUGGGUCGAAUACAAGAAUUGUACAAGAUGAAAUGGCUCUUAUUGAUAAUUCACACAAAAGAAAAGACUAUGACCAACGUGACUUGGAUUCUAUCGGUAUGGCUCAACACCAAGAUUCACAACAGAAAAAGAAGAGAAAAUAA